UGUGCCCCCUGUCUGAUGCAGAGUGUUAGACCUUCACCAAGUAAAGCUGCUGUAAGCUGUCCCUGUGCUUUUCUCCAGUUGCACUUUUUAGAUGAUUUUAUUUCCUUUUUUUUCCUCUCUUUAUCUCUCUCAUUCUCAGUCUUGGACUUUCCAAAGCGUUCCCCUUGGAACUACACAAUGACAAAGGAGCAGCUGCUGGUGCAGGAAGACAAGGCAUUCCGUGAAUACUUGGAUAAGAUUUACAGCACAUUUGAUGCUAUGAAGCUCAGUUACUUUGAGCACAACCUUGAGACCUGGCGCCAGCUAUGGAGAGUCUUGGAAAUGUCCGACAUUGUGCUGUUGAUCACAGACGUCAGGCACCCGGUGAUUCAUUUUUCCCCAGCACUCUAUGACUAUGUGACCCGGGAAAUGAAGAGGAAUAUUAUCCUGGUGUUGAAUAAGAUUGAUCUUGCUCCACCGUCGCUAGUGGCAGCCUGGAAACAUUACUUCCAACAGAAAUUCCCUCAGCUCCAUGUGCUGUGCUUCACGUCAUACCCUCGGGAGAAACCGGGUGAGACCGAUCCGAGUGCUGUUUUUCAGAAACGUCGAAGGCGGAGACGAGUCAGGACAAUGGCUGUGGGGCCUAAACAACUCCUUAAAGCCUGUGAGACCAUCACACAAGGGAAAGUGGACUUGACCAGCUGGAAGGAGAAGAUGGAGCGGGAUGCGGCAAACACCCAGCACGAAGACCUGACUGACGAGGAGGACGAAGAUGAUGCGGUCCUGGUGGAGCAUCAGACAGACUCCGCCAUGGAAAUGUGCGUGCCGGUGGAUGAGCUGUACAAAGAUGGCAUCCUCACCGUGGGCUGUGUGGGGUUUCCGAAUGUGGGCAAGUCAUCUCUCAUUAACGGUCUGGUGGGGAAGAAGGUGGUGAGUGUGUCCCGUACCCCAGGCCACACCAAGUAUUUCCAGACGUACUUCCUGACUCCCACUGUCAAGCUGUGUGACUGCCCUGGCCUCAUCUUUCCGUCGCUGGUGGACCGUCAGCAGCAGAUUCUGGCUGGGAUUUACCCGAUCGCACAGAUUCAGGAGCCUUACACCUCAGUCGGUUACCUGGCUGCGAGGAUUCCUGUGCCGAAGCUGCUGAAGCUCAAGCACCCGAAAACGGAGGAGGACAGGCCUGGGGAGCAGGCCGAGGUCAAGUUCACCGCCUGGGACAUCUGUGAAGCCUGGGCGGAGAAGAGGGGAUAUAAGACGGCCAAAGCAGCACGGAAUGACGUGUACCGGGCAGCAAACAGCAUCCUUCGACUGACUGUGGACGGACGCUUGUGUCUUUGCAUGCGACCCCCAGGUUACACUGUGCAGAAAGCGGACUGGCAGCAGCAUGUCGAGACACUAGAGAUUGCAGCUCUUCAGGAGGCACACCGGCAGCAGACCAAGCAGAGCUCCGAAGAUGAGGACGAGAUCUCCAGCUCGGACCAGGAGGACGAUGAGAAAGACCAUGACGCAGACGAGGAGGAGGAGGAGGAGGAGGAAGAAGAGGAAGAGAGAGGCGAGGGUGGGGAUGCUGGUCAAAGGCACAAGGGAGCCUUCCUUAGCAAGAACAAGUUCGCCCUUCUCGGAGACGAUGAGUGUUAACCUCCUUGUUGCAUCGGAUUACCUGGUGCUAGGACUGGGGACCUUUACAAAGAAACGAUGCAUGUGCAUCUUCCAAAAGCAGCAAUGCUCCUGCUGUGUAUCGUUUCAUUCGGGAGUGCACUGCAGAGACCCAUUCCAAUCCUUACCAUUAAUGUAUUGCUCUAUCUCAAUAAAGCUUUAUUUACCUUA